AUGCAGAGAAAUCCGAUGGCGCGCUCAACCCGUGGAAAAAAUCCACCGAAGGAAAAGGCGAAAAAGACGUCGGCAGAGGCGACGAGUUCGAACCCUACUGCCGAGAAACCGCCGGCACCACUACUCGAAGAAAAUCCAGUACCCACACCGGCGGUAGUUCAACCACAGCCAGAAAUCACACCGGAAAACCCAACAACUACACUAGCUUCCGCCACGGCAACUAACGAGGAAGUUCUGGAUCCCGAAGAGGUAGUGAGAGAAUUCAUGGAGAAGUAUGAGAAUGUACCGAAGGCGAGCAAAUUCUUCGCUAACAUCUCGGAGGCGUUUCGGAAGCAAGAACAAGAGUUUCCUCCCCUGACCCCACUUACAAUCCCACCAAGGCCCCAAACCUUUAUCGAAACACCCACUGCACAAGCCUUACCCACACACCAAGAAAACCCCCAAAUCUUACCCGAAACCCUAACCCAAGAAACGAACCCCCCAAACACUAUUCCUCAAACAGAAACUGAGCCCCUUGCCGAGCCUUCUGUAAAUGAAGAAGAGUCCGCCGAGGAGGAUGACGAUAAAAUGGAUACCAAGGAAUCCGAGAGAGAGGAGGAGGGGGGUGAACGAGUUGAGCAAGAACAAAUACUGGAUGAAGAGGCCACUGGGUCAGGGGAUGAGGGAGAGAAGAGAGAGGGUAUAGACGGUGGAGAGGGUGCUGAGGAAGGGAAAGAUAAGGUGGAAGAAACAGAGGGUGUGAAGGAGACAGAAAGGCAGGAUCUGGAGAAGCUUAUGGGUGAUGAGGAGGGUAGAGUAGGUAAAGAAGGUGAGCGGUUGGUGAUGAGAAGGCUAAGAAGGAAGAGGAGACUGUUGAUGAGAAGGCUAAGAAGGAAGAGGAGGCCAAUGCAUGCAAUCCAUGCUGCCAAGCAUCCCGGGGAAUCAGUGCACUGUUUCAUUAAGUUCGAGCAGAAACUGACAAUCUACGGUGCUUGGCUUCCGGAGAAAUUCGUCGGUGAAGGCUGCCCGGAUGCCUUUGUAGAAGUUCAUCAAACACAAUCUCCCAGUGUUGUCCCCAAUGUGCAGGUACACAUUACUGCAUUACAUUUCUGGAGCGUCGUGAGACUGGGACUGGGUCGCUUUUGA